AUGGAAACUCGAUUGGAAACUACUUCUGCAAGUCCAUCGACUGAUAACGAAGUCAAUCACGGGGAAAUUGAAACGUCAUCCGAUGAAGAGUUAGCCAGAGAAGUAAACAAGAGAAAAAAGAAUGUAAAAAAAAAAAGUAUCGCCAAUGGUAGAAAGUUGUCCACAGCAAAGACAUUGGAAGAAGCGAACAAAUAUUAUAUCAAAGUCAUUCAGGAUUUGAUACCUGAUAAAGAUGAUGUGCCUUCUGAUCCAGGGUAUGUUUCGCCAAGAGCCUUGAUCCCAAGUAUUACCAUACAUGAGUAUUCUGAAUCUCAGGAUGUAUUCAAAACAUCUACAUCACAAUCCAUGUCAAAUUUCACGCGGAAAAGACCCCGUGUUUUAUAUUCAGAUGACGACGAAGUCGAGCAAACAAGAUAUUUUGAAAAACCACUCUCAACUUUCGAUGAUUCGCGUGUACCUAUGAACAAAUCAACGCGCUUAUGUUAUGGCCGUUCGAAAUCGAGAUCGCCGUCUACCUCGCUAUCGUUGCCAUAUUCACCAAACUAUUCAGAAAACCCAUCAUCGACACCUUCUUUAUUGCCAAAUACGUCAAUGCCAUCCAAAGAGGCAUACCCAUUAAGGCCACCAGAUAGAAAAAAAUCACUAUCUCGUCAUCGAUCGUCAUCUCGCCAUCGAUCACCAUCUCGACAUCGAUCACAAUCUCGUCACCGAUCACCAUCUCGACAUCGAUCACAAUCUCGACAUCGAUCACCAUCUCGUCAUCGAUCGUCUCAUCGAUCGCGAUCACGUCAUCGAUCGUCACAUCGAUCACGAUCUCACCAUCGAUCGCCGUCUCGCUAUCGAUCGCGAUCUCAGCAUCGGUCGCCAUCUCACCAUCGAUCACCAUCCACAUCCCGCUCGCGGUCAAGUUCGAAAUCAUCACUCGUCAUCGAUAUGGAACCAACAGUCAACAUUGAAGAAAUGUUAAGUAAACUGCCUGAAAAUUUGAGAAAUGAAGUGAAGGAGGCGUUCGAAGUGAUGCAAAGUCAAGUUGACUCUUUGCGAAGUGAAUUGACAGAAAAAGAAAAGAAAAAGAAAAAAAAUGUAAACGUAGAAGAAACUCGUGAAGAAAUCGUUUUCGCCGAUGAUGAUGAGGUUGAUUCUGAUGGUCCAGACGAUACUGAUCUAUCUGCAGAAUUGAAACGAUUAGGAGAGCCUGUCGGAACUAAUAUGGUAAAAAUAAGAGCUUUAAUCAAGAUCACAUAA